UGCACAAAGCCUGACAGCUCAUCUCUAUUACAGUUUUUCUCAAAUGUUAAAACACAAAAGCCAAUCCUGUAACCCAAAUGACCAGUAGUCUAAACACAUUUACUAAAUGUAGCCACCAUAUUCCAGUACCAUAAACACAUGUCACAUGAAGACACAAUUCACAAAACACAACCCUCUGUACUCAUAAAUCUAAACACAUUUUUCCUUGCUAAAACACAUGUUGCAAAACAACUCUGCUCAUAUUCUCAAAUGAAAGCCCAUGUGAUGCAAAAUGCUUGCCACAGUCACCAAUCUUUGAACACAGGGAACACACCUGGCGUCAGUCACUACACACAACGACUCAAAAUUGAAGACACCUGUUGCUAAUGAUGUGACCCCACCUAUAAAAGCAUAGUUUGGUGAAGAUGCCAAACAAUCACAAUGGAUGAAGGCAUUCGAGCGUGCGGAAGGAGAAGAGCUGCAGGCCAAAGAGGAAGAGGGGUUGAGAUCAGAGGAGGAAGAGGUGAAGGCCUAAGAAGAAGAGGAGUUCGGAGUAGAGGAGGAAGAGAAGGAGGCCAACAAGAGAGAGGAGAAGGUCCAGGUGGGAGAAGAAGACAACCUCGCACCAUCAUAACAGAUGAUAUGCGAGCAACAGUAAUUGAUCAUGUCAUUGUCCAUGGCAUGACAAUGGCUGAAGCGGGACGAAGAGUACAUCCAAACCUGAGUAGGUUCACCGUGGCCACCAUUAUCAAGGCAUUUAGACAACACAACAGAGCUGAAAGAAUGCCACAUAGAGGUGGGAGGGUUGCCAUAUUCACAGCGGCACAAGAAACCCUCAUUGCAGAUAUGGUCCGUGAGAACAACUGCAUUAGACUCCGAGAGAUCAGAGACAAAGUCAUUGCAGAUAAUGUAAACUUUGAGAACAUUGAUGCUGUCAGCGUGUCCACAAUAGACCGAGUUCUCCGGCGCCAACAGAUGAGGAUGAAACAGGUCUACAGGGUUCCCUUUGAGCGCAACUCUGCGCGACACAUAGAACAACGUUACGAGUAUGUGCAAAGGAUAAUGCAGUUGGACGCGAUGGCCAGACCCCAUGAGUACCUCUUCCUGGAUGAGGCUGGCUUCAACCUCCAGAAACGAAGGCGAAGAGGCCGUAACAUCAUUGGCCAAAGAGCCAUCACUGAGGUUCCUGGCCAACGGGGGGGUAAUAUUACUCUUUGUGCAGCUAUGGGUACGGAGGGGCUUGUCCACCGGCAUGCUGUCCUUGGGUCUUACAACACCCAACGUCUCCUCACCUUCCUAGAGGAGCUAAAAGACAUCCUCCUGGACCGUCAACAACACCAUCCUAGGCUAGCACAUCACAUGUAUGUGAUCAUUUGGGACAACGUCCGCUUCCACAAAACACACCAAAUCAGAGAGUGGUUCACCACCAACAGUGACCACUUUUUAAACGUCUGUCUGCCACCCUACUCCCCUUUCCUGAACCCUAUAGAGGAGUUCUUCUCAUCAUGGAGAUGGAAGGUGUAUGACAGACAGCCAUACACAAGAGAGAACCUCAUACGGGCAAUGGAGCUGGCCUGUGCUGACAUCCCAGUGGAGGCCUUCCAGGGAUGGAUUCGCCAUUCCAGGGCGUUUUUCCCGCGGUGCCUAGCAAGGGACAAUAUAGCCUGUGAUGUGGAUGAGGUGAUGUGGCCCAAUGCAGCUCGGCGACAUGAUGCCGCACAGUGACUGUGUGUAAUACUGUAAAAAGACCGUGUAGACAAUAAAAAAGACUUCACACCCUGAUCAUGUUUCCGAGAGUACUGUUGUGUGCGAUAGAUUCUGUUUUUGCAUUGAGUUGUGUUACAGUAGUGUACGUACAUGCAGGAUGUUUUUAUAGAUUUAUAGUCUUCAUGUGAAACUCACAAAUCUAAAUGCCUAAUCCUCUGCAGGGUUCUAUGACGAUCCGUUACUGUACAGUUUAUAAAAAUAUGCAUUGGCAGUUAUGAACCAAAGAACCUUCUCACAAAUUGAGCAUUGUGUUUUCAAUUGUUUUGCUGUAGUGUGUAAUGCUGUGUAUAGUGUUUACAGUUUUGACAGCUUCGAGCUGCUCUCUUGGUGUGGGAGUUUG